AUGUCGCUGUAUGAGGAAACAUUCGCAUGGACUGGUUCAGCAAAUAAUGUUAUUCUCACCGGUGAAUUCGAUGAUUGGAAACAGUCGAUACGUCUUGUCAAGUAUGGGGACUCAUUCACUGGGACAGCGAAAGUCCCCUACGAUGCCGUUGUCCGAUAUAAGUUUGUGGUGGAUGGCGAAUGGCGAAUUCGUGAUGAUCUUCCGUCGGAAACUGGUUCAGAUUAUAUCACGAACAAUGUCCUGAGGACGAUGGCUAAGCCAGUUGAGACGCCGAGCCGAUCCUGCCAACCUCUCAAAGCUCUAGCAGAGGAAACUCCAGCAACCAUUCCAGAUGUCAUUGCCAACUCUGUGGGAGGUGCGAAGGGUGUCGCGCGUGCCUUUACAUCUGAGAGCAUUGGUAUUCCUGAUGCCGGUUUGGCGUCGACCUCGGAAAGUCUCGUAGUCAAAGGUGCCCCCACGUCACGCGAGCGUUUGAAUGGAAAUGCAGAUGGCACUUCCCCCAUAGACGACGCAUCCAGCAUACGACCCGGCGAACGAUCGUCUGUCGGAUGUUGGAGAAGGUGCCCCGUUCCUGCGCCUACUUCAGUCCUCGGAUCUUUCACAGUUAAUGUGGGUGCUGCUUUGAAGAGUUUGGGCGGUUUUGCCCCUACCGCCACAACUUCCGGUGAAAGCCCGAAGGUUCAUAACUAUCUUCAAAGUCCCUCCAUCUUCGUCAUGGCAUAUUUACCUCCGAUCCGUUUGCAGGGCUCAUUAGAUGUGAUCAAGGAGAUUGAACAUAAGGUUCCGAGUGAAGCCGUACCUGCGUCCGAGAAGGUCAAGACUCCUGAACCGAAAGCCUCCAUUCCUGUAGCACCCGAGAUCCUUGCUGCUCAGCCUGCGCGCGUUGGCCAGCCCGAACCAACCACUACUGGAGCCAACCCGAUCGCACCAAAUCUGACAACAGAGGGAGAUCCGCAACCUGCUCAAACGCCACAGCCUGGAACUAAAUCGGUAGAAGAGUUGCCAGAGAUAACGAAGGGAAGUGCGACACCUGCAACAGAACGCAUGGAAGAAGCCAGCAGGCCAGUGAAGCCUGCACCCAUCGAAACUUUUAAAGCUACGGACACCUCGUCGAAACCUGUGACAGACGGAGCUUCACAUAAUUCUCCAGCUAGUGCUUCCUCACCGAAAAAGCAUCGCUUCCCCUCCAUGAGCACUGCUUCGUCUGUGACUAGGAAUGGGUCUGAGUCUGUGCCGCCUCGGGAGAAGCGACGAAGCUUCUUCCAGAAGAUUAAGGAUGCGUUCUCAUCCAAAAAAUGAAAGUGCAGCCACUCUAAUACUGUUAGACAAUUGCGUCCACCUCUCUCUUGUCUGUUUUUACUUGGAUACCUCGCUUACCCUCCUAGUUUCUUCAAUUUGGUUGAUUUGAUCCCCUUCAUCCACAUCAUUGCUUGAGUACUUCCACAUUGCUAUUGUUUCUUUCAUUUAUCCCCACUCUACUGUUAUAUCCAUAGUACCAGAUUGCAAUCGAUUCCUGUCCAAUUCUUUUGGCAUACAUUUCAAGGAAGCUAGACAUCAACACAAUAGUUUUCCAACAUCUGGCUACGCGUCGAAACGAAUCACG